GCAGAAUCCAGCCGAAAGUUGAGCGUGUCUGGUCUUUGGGGGGGGCUGUGCCACCCUUUCUCUUGAUCCAAAUUGCGCCGACAGGGCGUUCGCAUUUGUGCGAUUUGUGCCAUGUACCUGGAGAGCAAGCGUAGCAGAGGUGAUUGCUGAGCGCUCUAAUUUCACGUCUCGUUCUCACUCGACGCUCCAAUUUCUCCAGACUCCAUGCACAUCUACCACAGCCCGGGGGAUCUUGGGGACGUGGGCUUGAAUGUACUCGCACGCAUCGUUGAAAUCUUGUGCCUUGUGAAUGCCACAUCGCUUCCAGGUAGUGGAGGGUUUAAGCACACAAGCACAGCGCAUCACAAUCGUCGCCACCAUUCGUAGCAGCGGCCCACCAGCCGAAUAAAUCAUUACGAGCAUGUCGCAUGACAACGAAACAGCAGGAGAGUCUGGCAGCGGACAAGUCAAGGAAAGCCUGCCGGAGGAGAUACAACUGACUGCCGUGCAGAUGGGCAAGCAGCUGGGACAGCCGUCCUCACCGAAGCAUAGCAUUGCUCAAGGAAACGACAUCAGUCUCAACAUCAAUGUCGGGCCAAGCGCCUCGCUUCCCACGCACCAUUAUGCUCACAUCAUCGCCAAACACAUGGAGACAGGUGGAAACCACGUCGACCUCCAACGAAUGGGGUCUGUCGGCACAUCGGCCGGCCUCGGGCCUGUCACACCCUCACAUGAGGAGACCGAUCCUCUGCUGCUUCGAUCCCGCGUGGUCAAUGAGCAAGAGAUCCGAAUGCGAGUCUCGGGCAAAGGUCGGAAGCUCGAGAAAGCCGUGUCAAGGUUCUAUGAAACACAAAACUCUCACAUCAACAACCUACUGAAGUCCAUGGCCCAGCACGCGAGCGACGGUGCUGAUGAGCGCAACAGGAACGCACUCAAGGUACGCAUCGCAGUGUACACUUCCAUCGCCGCCAACUUUGUCCUCGCAGGCCUUCAGCUGUAUGCCGCAAUAUCCUCGCUGUCGCUCUCGCUAUUUGCAACGGCAGCAGAUAGUGUCUUUGAUCCAUUCGCGAACCUGGUUCUCAAUUGGUUGCAUCGCAAGGCUUCCAAUGUUGACGAACGCAAGUGGCCCAUUGGAGGGUCUCGUUUCGAAUCGAUUGGCAACAUUGUCUAUGCGUUCCUCAUGGGCUCCGUCUCGCUCAUUCUGAUCGUCGAGUCAUUGCGAGACAUCGCUACGCACAAGAGCGGCGGCCUCAAUGAUUUCUUCUUACCUUCGCUGAUCGCGGUUGGCGUCGCUUUCUGUGUCAAAUUGUCUCUCGCCAUAUACUGCUUCGGUCUUCGCAAAUUCUCGUCUCAAGUGCAAGUCCUCUACGAGGACCACAGGAACGACCUCUUCAUCAACGGCUUUGGUAUUUUUACAUCUGCCGCCGGCGCAAAGAUUGCUUGGUGGUUGGAUCCUAUGGGAGCUGUGAUCAUCUCCUUCGCCAUCAUCUUCUCCUGGAGCAGGACGGCCUACCUGCAGUUCCGCGAGCUCGCGGGACAAGCAGCCCCCACAGAGUUUAUGCAGCUUGUCACAUAUAAUGCGAUGCUGCAUCAUGCUAAUAUCGAGAAAAUCGAUAGCUGCAAAGCCUACCACUCUGGCCCAAAGUACAUCGUGGAGGUGGACAUCGUCAUGAAGCCUGAAACUCCACUCUGGUUAUCCCAUGAUGUAUCCCAGGAUCUUCAGGACCGGCUUGAAAUGCUGCCAAUGGUCGAAAGAGCUUUCAUCCAUGUCGAUCAUGAGAGCGAUCACAAGCCUGAGCACUCCCGAAAGGACCGAUAGAGUCGACAGGCCGAUCUCGAGUAAUAAUUUCAAUCUGACCAAUCGCUGGCCGGUAGGAUACAAUGAACUAUGAUACACUUUGCUCUCCGACGUGUGCUUAGCUUACUCCUGGUCGCUCUGAAAGAAUAUUUUGAACCUGGCCUCAUGCUGCAACAGCGGCUGCUCAA